GGUGUGUGAGGGCUAGAAUUUAUCACUCGUAAAAUUUCCGCGGAAUUGCCACUUUGUAGCAGUCAGUCAGCCAACAUAAAGAAGCAAAGUGCAGUCGACGUGGCCAUUAACCAUUGAGCAACACAAGAUAAACCCGAAUUAAGCAACAAUUGUAUAAUGUGCGGAAUCUUCGCCUAUUUGAACUAUUUGACGCCCAAGUCCCGGCAGCAAGUGCUGGAUCUGUUGGUGCAGGGCCUGAAGCGGCUGGAGUACCGUGGCUACGACUCCACCGGUCUGGCCAUCGAUGCACCCGACGACUCCCACGACAUUCUCAUGGUGAAGCGCACCGGCAAGGUCAAGGUGCUGGAGGAUGCCCUGGCGGAGCAGUGCCAGGGCGCUGGCUUCGACCAGCCUGUGGACAUACACAUUGGCAUUGCGCACACGCGUUGGGCCACCCACGGUGUGCCCUCCGAGCUGAACUCCCAUCCGCAGCGCUCGGACGAGGCGAACAGCUUCGUGGUCGUCCACAAUGGCAUCAUCACGAACUACAAGGAUGUGAAAACGCUGCUGGAGAAGCGCGGCUACGUCUUCGAGUCGGACACGGACACCGAGGUGAUUGCCAAGCUGGUGCAUCAUCUCUGGCAGACGCAUCCGGGCUACACUUUCGGGGAGCUCGUCGAGCAGGCCAUCCAGCAGAUCGAAGGCGCCUUCGCCAUUGCCUUGAAGUCCAAGCACUUUCCGGGCGAGUGCGUCGCCUCGCGCCGCGGCUCGCCGCUGCUCGUGGGGAUUAAGGCCAAGACCAAGCUGGCCACAGAUCAUGUGCCCAUCUUGUACACCAAGGCGCAUCGGCCGCAUGGCCAGCCCCAGUUCCAGCUGCUGCCCAGCGGGCGCGCCUGCAACGUGGAUGUGAGUGCAGAGUUCCAGCCGCUGGAGCACAAGGAGGUGGAGUAUUUCUUUGCCUCCGACGCUUCGGCUGUGAUCGAGCACACGAACCGUGUCAUCUACCUGGAAGAUGACGACGUGGCCGCCGUGAAGCGCGAUGGCACGCUGAGCAUCCAUCGACUGAACAAAUCCUCGGAUGAUCCGCACGCCCGCGAGAUCAUCACGCUCAAAAUGGAGAUCCAGCAGAUCAUGAAGGGCAACUACGACUAUUUCAUGCUCAAGGAGAUCUUCGAGCAGCCCGAAUCGGUAGUCAAUACGAUGCGCGGCCGCGUCCGCUUCGACACCCAAACGGUCGUCCUCGGCGGCAUCAAGGAGUACAUACCGGAGAUCAAGCGCUGCAGGCGCCUCAUGCUCAUCGCGUGCGGCACCUCCUAUCAUAGUGCAGUCGCAACGCGCCAGCUGCUGGAGGAGCUCACCGAGCUGCCGGUCAUGGUGGAGCUGGCCUCCGACUUCCUUGACCGCAACACGCCCAUCUACCGGGACGAUGUCUGCUUCUUCAUCUCGCAGUCGGGCGAGACGGCGGACACGCUGAUGGCGCUGCGCUACUGCAAGCAGCGCGGAGCUCUGAUUGUGGGCAUCACCAACACGGUGGGCAGCAGCAUCUGCCGGGAGUCGCACUGCGGCGUCCACAUCAAUGCGGGCCCCGAGAUCGGCGUCGCCUCCACCAAGGCCUACACCUCGCAGUUCAUCUCGCUGGUGAUGUUCGCCCUGGUCAUGUCCGAGGAUCGUCUGUCGCUGCAGCAGCGCCGGCUGGAGAUCAUCGCAGGGCUGUCGCAGCUGGACAAGCACAUCCGAACGGUGCUCGAGCUGAACUCGCAGGUGCAGCAGCUGGCCAAGGAGCUCUAUCAGCACAAGUCGCUGCUGAUCAUGGGGCGUGGCUUCAACUUUGCCACCUGCCUGGAGGGCGCUCUGAAGGUCAAGGAGCUGACCUACAUGCACAGCGAGGGCAUCCUGGCCGGCGAGCUGAAGCACGGCCCUCUCGCGCUCGUCGACGACGAGAUGCCCGUCCUGAUGAUCGUGCUGCGCGAUCCGGUCUACACCAAGUGCAUGAACGCACUGCAGCAGGUCACCUCGCGCAAGGGCAGGCCCAUCAUCAUCUGCGAGGAGGGCGACACCGAGACAAUGGCCUUCUCGACGCGCUCGCUCCAAAUACCCCGCACCGUCGACUGCCUGCAGGGCGUCCUCACUGUCAUCCCGAUGCAGUUGCUCUCCUAUCACAUUGCCGUGCUACGCGGCUGCGAUGUCGACUGUCCACGCAACCUGGCCAAGUCCGUGACCGUGGAGUAGGCCAACAAUCCCUGCAGCCCCGCACUGCCCCCCUCUGGCACGACCCGAUUUCACACAAGAAUUCCAUUUUACUGACCGCUUGGCAUGGAGCGUUAUGUAUUUUUAUAAAAAUAUAUACAUACAUAUUUAGUCUAAGUUGAAGAGUUAUACAUACAUACUUACGU